AUGCUUAGCAAAAACGGGCUCCUUCUUCAUGAUGUAGCUGCCAGCUGGGUGAAGAACGCAGAGAUAGCAACGGGCGAGCUUGCUGGAAAGCCUGAGGUGCCGCAGCAGGACGUUUUCUUUCGGGUCGGUUGUAUGGAUUUUGGGUUCGCCGGGGAGGCGCUCCACCUUCCCCAGAUUGUCCGAGGAGAGCAGGCCAUCAUCAAGCGGCCCUGCCCCCUGGAAACAUUCCUGGAGCAUCCUAAGGAGAGCGGAAGACCGAGGGCUGUAUUUGAGCAUUACCUGCCAAAGACCUCUCCCAUAUUAGACCUCAUCCAGCCUUUCUCUGUUGGUAAGGAUGUGCUGCCUGAUCUCCUCGAGGAUCCCACGCACUCCUCUCUCAGUAUUGUAGCAUCUGAUGAGGGUUUCUACACUCGGGCCCAUGUCGACUUUGCUGGUACUCUGGGUUGGAUGGCACUCGUCAGAGGUCAGAAGGUGUGGAGCUUCUGGAAUCCUCACGGACCGUCAAAGAGGGCUUUCUUGGCAGGGCUCAAAAGUGGCAAAGGUAUGCCGGAACCUGACAUCACUUUUGUAGCAAACGGGGGGGACCUGGUUUUCAUACCUGCUGGGUGUGGACAUGCUGUAAGCACCACCAAACACUCCUUUGGAUUCGGAGGUUCCCUCUUUGUUUCAGAGCAAAGUUUGGUGGGGUUGGGUGCGUCGCUUAGAGCUGAUGUGCAAGCUCAAGGCUUGUCCUCGAGCGAUGCGAGGGUGGAGAUUGGUCGGCAGCGUAGGGGCAUAGCAGAGGUUCUGGGUGUCAGCCUGCGGCAGCUUUCACAACGGGAGGCAGUCGUGGUCUCAGAGGCAGUGGCCGCGGAAUCCUCAUUCCAAGAGAUGGCUGCGACGAUCCUCGUGCUCGGGAACACACCUCCAGACGGCCUCCACCAGCAGCACCGCCACCUCUACUUCCGGAACGAGCCGGAGCGGGAGCCCUUCCGAGCGCUGGACCCGAACGCUCCUAUCGCCAGCACCUUCCAGAGGUGGUGGGCGGCGCAACGGGCACUUAGGGACUUGCGGGAGACGCGGGAGAGGGCGGCAGCACCGGGGCAGAGAGAGGAAAAUUUUUAUAACAAAUAA